UUUUUUAUUUUCCAAAAUUUUCCAGAAAAAUAAAAAUGAGUCACAACAAAAAUAAACAACAAAGAAUACAUUACAAUAACCGUCCACAACGUCUAAAUCAAAAACUUAAAAGAAACAAAGAAAAUAUUUUUAAAUUAAAAAGUCAAUUUGUUGUUGAUAGAAAUGAUAAUGAAAGAUUGAAACAACAAAAGAGAAGCUUUAGACUUUCUAAAUUAAUUGUAAUAAAGCCAAGUUCAUCUUUAGAGUAA